AUGCUCAGCGGUGUGCCAGCGUCCUACAUAAAGAGUGUGGGACAGGGAGACUGGGCAGCACAUACCGAGAGAGAGAAGGCAGGGAAGGACGACAUUAAUACAGGACGAGAGAUGGUGAACUCUGGAGGAAGCGCUCCUGCUGUGGUCUAUCUGGCCAACCUUUGUGUUGCACUUUGUGUGGGAGCUGCAUUGAAGUCGGAUGUGGUGUUGGAGAACAGCGCUACCACGUUGAACCAUUCAAUGGCGCUGGUGCAGCGCAUGGAGGCCCUGCUGACCCAGGGAAAUGGCAGCGACGUGAUCCUGCGCGUUCAGACCUUGAACACGGACGAAGUGAAGGUGAUCCAGGUCCACUCGCUGGUCUUGACCCUACAGAGCGACGUGUUUGAUGAGCUCCUCCAGACCCGUAACUCCACUGCGAUGGUUCUCAGAGAGACGCCAGACUGUGCGGCUGUCUUUGAUAAGUUCAUUAGGUACUUAUAUUGUGGUGACAUCACAGUGCGUCUGAACCAAGCCAUUCCUCUACACAAGCUCGCCAGCAAGUACCACGUGUGGGACCUCCAGCAGGGUCUCACCCAAUACAUGACCCAGCACCUGUCCAGCGACUCCCACACAGGCCACGUGGUGAGCUGGUACCAGUACGCCGUGCAGAUCGGGGAUGUGACCCUGCAGAACAGCUGCCUGCAGUACCUGUCCUGGAACCUGUCAUCCGUUCUACAGAGUGCCGAAUGGAGCUCCGUGGGCGAGGAACUGCUGCUUUCCUUGCUGCAGCGUUCAGAUCUGGUUCUGCAGAGUGAACUAGAGCUGUACGAAGCUCUGGAAGCCUGGAUCAACCAAAACCAGCCUUCAGGUGAGACGGCAGAGAAUGCGCUUAAGGCAAUACGGUACGCCAUGAUAUCACCUCAACACUUGUUCCACUUGCAGAAGAAGUCAUCUGUAAUGUUGAAAUAUUACGAAUCGGUACGCGAUCUGCUCUUCCUAGCCUUUCAGUUCCACGCAGCCUCACCCGUCCAGCUCGCAAAGUACUUCGACGUAAACUGCAGCCUCUUUACGCCACGCAACUAUCUGUCGCCAUCAUGGGGCUCCCCGUGGGUGAUCAACAACCCAACACGGGAUGACCGCAGCUUCAGUUUUCAGACUCAACUUGGACCGAGUGGCUACGACGCUAGUAAACGCGUGACCUGGAACGCUCUUUUCUCUCCACGUUGGCUUCCUCUAAGCGUGCGAUCCGCUUAUCCGGAGCAGGGGUCUCUCCAGCCCACUCGUACCGAUGGAGGGCGUCCGCGGAUCAUCGUCACACCGGCCACCUCGAGCCCAGACUUUGCUGGCGUCAGCUUUCAAAAGACUGUCAUCGUUUCGGCCCGGAAGCAGGGGAAGGUGGUGGUCCGCCACGUCUACAAUUUCCACCAGAGUACGGAAGAGGCGGGAGACUUCCUGUUGGAAGCAGACCUGCAGCGUAGAGCAUCUGAGUACCUAAUUGACAGCUCGCUCUACCUGCAUAUUAUUGUGAAGCCCCUCUAUCACAGCCUCAUAGUAGCAAAAAAGUAAAAGUCUAGUUCCUCUACCAAUGAUUUCUGAAGCCCAUAGCUUUGAGGGCAAGUUUUAUGUGUCCAAAUAUCCACCUUUUUCCUGAGUAACCGACGAGCGCCGCCAUGUUGGUUUCUAACUUUCGUUUAGGUCAGUGUUUCUCACAUUUUGUGUGUCUCCCUAAUCAAACAUACCUGAUUUUCUCAUGAGCUUAUUAGAAGAAAUUCCAGGACCUGAAAUGGGUGUGUCAGAUAAGGGAGACAUACAAAAUGUGCAGUGCUGGGGGGCGCCCAGGACCAGAGUUGAGAAACACUUCAUGUCUCUAUAAAAAUCCAUGUUAAAACAGGGUUAAAAAGAUUAAAAAAAAUUAGUUUAGCUGUGCUGUUGUUUGCUGCUAAAGUAACAGCAAUGAACUUAAGGAAUAGAGGGUUUGCACUUAUGUCACAGUUUGGUCAGUUACCUGGAUGCACGGCCAUAUUGGCAAUACUCAGAUGUAAACAACAGCAUGGAUUACAUGCUUAAUGUACUACUGAAUAUGUUGCUCUGCAAAUUUAUUCUGUCUAAACCACGGAAAAAUUGUGCAGCAGCUGCUAAAUCAUAUAGAGAAGGACUCAGUAAGCAAGAAUGGAAGUAAUAUUUUGACAAACUAAAGCUAACAGGUGGUAAAAAUACAUACGAGCAGUAUUAAUUAAGACAUCAGCCUAAUAUUUCACCUGACUGGAAAUAAUAAGAACAAAUAUGAAUGUUGUCAAGAUUCUUGCACUGGAAAUCCUGGUUAAGUUUGGCCAACCACAACGCCUUUUGUUCCUCAAACUGUUUUUUGCACUCUUCUCCUUGAUUUGUUAUAACUUUUAACAGUCUAUAGAACUCCAAAUGUUUCUUUCCCAGUCUUAGUACAACCCAAAGAGCAUGGCUUGCAGAGCUAAUGUUGCAAUACUAUGUGUGAAACAAUAAAAUGAUGUGUUAAAAUGUGUGCUCUCAUCGUUAUGUGGACGAAAUCCCACAAACUUCGCCUUGAUCGGGCGCUGUAUGUGCCCUCAUCUGUUUUCAAUGCAGCUAACCUCGCGUUACUCCAUGUCAUCUACAGAGGUUUUUACAAAAAAACCCAAUUGUUACUCAAAACUAGCCCAAUAGCGUUUCCGUCCCUUGUUAAAAAUCACGUUCUGGGGGAUAAAAUAUAAGCUUCUAUACACUCAUAGUUACUGCAAAAAGACGGACAUUGCGACAGUGUGAAGUGAUAAAACGAUGGCGCCAUUAUUUCACAAGUUUCACGCUAUAUAGACCAUUUCACUAGAUGUAAACAUACUGGUCCCGAUACACUUUCCUUUUUUUUUUACUUUACACAAACAUCACAAAAAAUACAACCAGCAUAACAUUUGACUGGAUGAAAAUGUUACAUUAGCACCUUUAAGAUGUAUUUGUAUAUGUGAAAUAAGAAAAAAGACCAGUGUUGUUUACAUCUAGCGAAAUGGUCUAUAAUCGGCUCGGAAAAUACGUUAAUUUGACUAGAAACACCAGACACCGGAAAUGUAUAUCAUCGUUCCAGUC